AAAAAAGAAUUGCUGUCUGAAAGAGAAGAAAACUGUCUGCCUAUCCUAUAUUUACUGUUUAUUAUUUAUAUUUAUUUCAUUUUGUUUUUCUGUAUUCACACGCUCUCUCUCUCUCUCUCUCUUCGUUGUUUCUGUUUCAAACGCAGAGAAGAGAGAGAAAGAGAGAAGAAAAAAAAAAAGCAGAAGCGGAUUCUGAUUUUGAUUUUGAUUUUGAUUUUGAGUUUUGAUUUCGAUUGUGGGUUGUUUGGCGAAGAUGAAUAUGAUGCGUCGGUUGAAGAGCAUUGCUUCUGGUCGCUCCUCCGUUUCAGAUCCUGGCGGAGACUCUACCAUCAAACGGGUGAAAGUGGAGCAAGAACUAGAUCAAAGGCUUCCUUACGAAAUCGAGACACGACUAAAUCACACACAAUCUAACUCAUCGAAAAACGUUGCAAACAAAUAUAAUAACGCACACAACAAACCCGAGAAAUCUAGCUAUAACGAGCAACUUCCAAGAGAAAUGCACCAAAUGAAGCUUAAAGACAAUAAAACCGAUAACCACGACGAGAAUUUCAAGGAUAUGGAAGCAUCUGUUGUUAGUGGAAACGGAACAGAAACCGGUCAAAUAAUCGUUACUUCGGUUGGUGGCAAAGACGGACAACCUAAACAGACAAUGUCGUAUAUGGCAAAGCGAGUUGUAGGCACCGGUUCUUUCGGAGUUGUAUAUCAGGCGAAAUGUCUUGAAACCGGGGAUUCGGUAGCGAUAAAGAAAGUGCUGCAAGAUCGAAGAUAUAAAAAUCGAGAACUGCAGAUAAUGCGAUUGCUUAACCAUAUCAACGUUGUUCAGUUGAAGCAUUCUUUCUAUUCGACUACAGACAAGAACGAUGUUUACCUUAAUCUUGUCCUGGAAUACGUGUCCGAAACUGUUUAUCGUGCUUCGAGGCAUUACAGCAAAGUCAAUCAGUACAUGCCCGUUUUCUACGUGCAGCUAUAUAUAUAUCAGAUAUGUCGAGCGCUGAAUUAUAUUCAUAGAGUUGUUGGUAUCUGUCACCGUGACAUUAAACCACAGAAUCUACUGGUUAAUCCACACACCCACCAGCUCAAGAUUUGUGAUUUCGGAAGUGCAAAAGUAUUGGUACCCGGUGAACCAAAUAUAUCGUAUAUUUGCUCAAGGUAUUAUAGAGCACCGGAAUUGAUAUUUGGAGCCACCGAAUAUACGACUGCAAUCGAUUUGUGGUCAGCUGGUUGUGUUAUGGCUGAGCUACUUAUGGGUCAGCCUCUAUUUCCUGGGGAGAGCAGUGUUGAUCAGCUAGUUGAAAUAAUUAAGGUUUUGGGGACGCCGACUAGGGAGGAAAUCAAAUGCAUGAAUCCAAAUUAUACUGAUUUUAAAUUUCCUCAGAUUAAAGCUCACCCUUGGCACAAGGUACUUCAUAGGACAAUGCCACCCGAGGCAAUGGAUUUAGUGUCGAGGCUGCUUCAAUACUCGCCAACUCUACGUUUCACCGCUUUGGAGGCUUGUGCACACCCGUUUUUCGAUUCCCUCAGAGAACCUAACGCAUGCUUACCCAACGGGCGAGCCUUACCUCCUCUCUUCGAUUUUUCGCCCGAGGAAUUGGCUGGUGCACCUUCGGAGCUGAUACAACGCCUCAUUCCGGAACAUUCCAAGAAGUGAAUCUUGAAUUAGUAGUUUAUUGUAUCGUUUGACCUAUUAUACGAGUUUAUUGACCGGUUUUAAAGCGAGCAAGCCCGUUUGAAACGGAACGCUAAGCCACGAUUUUGUUGUGAAGUAAAUAUUGGAUAUGAUUUCUAAUGGUAUUAUACAUACAUGUUUGUAACAAGAAUUUGGUGUAGUGUGAUAGAAUUAUAGGUAUGUUAAUAGAGUUAGUUAUGUUCAAAAAAAAAAUAGAGUUAGUUUGUUAACUUUAUAAGUUUGUUUUCCUUGUUAUCAACUUCUUUUCCGAAAAAGGAAAUUGAUUUUCCAUUUUGUUUGU